CCACUUUAGCAGCGAGCCGGGGCAGAUCGAGCUCACACGCUCCAGAGCCGAGCCACACACGCAGAGUAAAGGUAGAGCCGCCGCCGACGGGCUGGAGCUGCAGAACAACCGCCCGCUUUGCACGAUCACAGCCGCAGAUCGCCCAGGAUCUAACGAUGUGGACCGGGGUCGGAAAGCUUGCGCUGCUACAUUUGUUACUCAUGGAGCUCAGCGGCCACGUCCAAGGAACUCAUACCGAGUCAGAGUGUGAAAUAGGGCAGUUUCAGUGCAAGACCGGAGUGUGCAUCCCAAGCCUCUGGAGAUGUGACGAUGACAAUGACUGUUCGGACGGCAGCGAUGAAGAGAACUGUCCAAAGAAGACAUGCGCGACCACAGACUUUGCCUGCAAGAAUGGACAAUGCCUGCCUGCUAGGUGGCGCUGCGACGGGGAACCGGAGUGUGCAGAUGGGUCGGAUGAGGCUGACGAAAUCUGCAGCCGACAGACUUGUGCACCUGAGAAGUUUGACUGUGGAGGGGUUGCCAGCAAAUGUGUUUCGUUAUCUUGGCGAUGUGACGGAGAGAGGGACUGUGAAAACGGAGCGGAUGAGGAGGAGUGUGCUGCAGAUGAAAAGGCCUGCCCAUCCAAAGAUUUCCAGUGCCGUAACGGGAAGUGCGUGGCACCCAUCUUCGUGUGCGACGGCGACGACGACUGUGGGGACGCCAGCGACGAGGACAAGUGCUCGGCUCCCAGCUGCGGCCAGCACGAGUUCCGCUGCAAUGACUCGGAGUGCAUCCCUGCGCUGUGGAGCUGCGACGGUGACCCGGACUGUAAAGACAAGUCGGACGAGUCCAUGGAGCGCUGCAGCCGCAGGACGGAGCCCCAGAAGCCUCGGUGUCCCGUCGGCGAGUUCCAGUGCGGGAGCGGCGAGUGCGUGCACAUGCACUGGAAGUGCGACGGCGACGCCGACUGCAAAGAUAAAUCAGAUGAAGCAAACUGCCCCCUGCUUACGUGUCGACCCGAUGAGUUCCAGUGUGGUGACGGAUCCUGCAUUCAUGGCACCAAACAGUGUAACAAAGUCCACGACUGCCCGGACUACAGCGACGAGGCCGGUUGCGUCAAUGUUACAAAGUGUGACGGACCGAAAAGGUUUCGCUGUAAGAAUGGGGAGUGUAUCGACAGCAGCAAGGUGUGCGACAAUGUAAAGGACUGCAAAGACUGGUCGGAUGAGCCAGUGAAGGAGUGUGGCCUGAAUGAGUGUGCAGACAACAAUGGAGGCUGCUCCCACAUCUGCAGGGACCGGAGAAUUGGUUAUGAGUGUGACUGCCCCUCCGGAUACAAACUCCUGGACAAAAAGACUUGUGGAGACAUCGACGAGUGUGAGAAUCCAGAUGCCUGCAGUCAAAUCUGCAUCAACUACAAAGGAGAUUAUAAGUGUGAGUGCUAUGAAGGCUACGAGAUGGACCCCGCGUCAAAGACCUGCAAAGCUGUGGGAAAGAGUCCCUACCUGAUGUUUACUAAUCGUCAUGAGAUCCGACGCAUUGACCUGCUGAAGAGUGAAUACACACAGGUGGUUCCCACCCUGAAGAAUGCUGUGGCCCUGGAUGUGGACGUGUCUACUAACAAGAUGUUCUGGUGUGAUCUGUAUCAUCGCAAAAUAUACAGUGCAUACAUCAACAAGGCCAGCGAUUCUUCGCAGCAGGUGACUUUGGUUGACUCGCUGCACUCGCCGGAGGGCCUGGCUGUGGACUGGGUGCACAAAAACAUCUACUGGACAGACUCGGGCAACAAGAGCAUCUCUGUUGCGACGGGAGAUGGCAGGAAGAGGAAAGUGCUAAUAGCCACUGAGCUCAGCGAGCCACGGGCCAUUGCAGUGGACCCGCACCAUGGUUUUAUGUACUGGUCAGACUGGGGCGAUCAGGCCAAAAUAGAGAAAGCUGGGAUGAACGGAGUGGACCGUCAGAUCAUUGUGUCUGACCACAUUGAGUGGCCCAAUGGAAUCACUCUAGAUUUGUCCAACAGACGUCUGUACUGGGUGGACUCCAAGCUGCACCUGCUGUCAAGUGUGGAUCUGAAUGGAGACAACCGCAAAGUGCUGCUGUCCUCCCAUCACCAUCUUGGACACCCAUUCGCCCUCACCGUGUUCGAGGAUCGCAUAUACUGGACGGACUUGGAGGACGAAGCUAUUUACAGUGCAAACCGGCUGACGGGGCACGAUGUGGCAAAAGUAGCAGAGGAUCUCAACAACCCGCUGGACCUUGUUGUGUUUCAUGAACAGAGGCAGCCCAAAGCCCCUGACACCUGCAACAUGGGGAGUCUACCAAACGGCGGCUGCGAAUAUCUCUGUCUAAAGGCUCCUCAGAUCACCGACCACUCUCCGAAGUACACCUGUGCCUGUCCUGACGGUAUGGAGCUCGGACCAGACAUGAGACGCUGUGCUGUAGUUCGACUCAGAACAACCACCACAGUUGCCCCAACCACCACAAGCACCACAACAAGCACCACAACAACCACAACUACAACAACAACAACCUCGACGGCUACAACAACGACCACGCCUGCCACCAGCACCAGCACCACCACAACUCCCACAACCGUAAGAACUACCACCACCUCUGCUGCUACUCCACCGAGGUCCACGGCCAGGCACCACGUGACAUCGACGCCUCCUCAGACCUCCAGAAGCAGCAGGAGUACAGAGCGACCGGUGACACAAGCCGCCACGGGCACAGAAACAGCCAGUUUGAGCAGCACCAGUCAGUUGGCCAGCCAAACACCCUUACUGGGACCAGUGGCCCCAGACAGCAUCCAAAGAGAGACCAAUGCUAACCUCUCCCACAGAGCGGCAAGUGAUCACUACCUCAUCGGUAACAACAUCACAGUUGCUGUUUUGGGAAUAGUCAUUCCGAUUGUCCCUAUCCUUGCCACAGUGGUCAUCGGAUUGCUCUGCACUGGCGGCUACCUGGUUUGGCGCAACUGGCGACGCAAGAACACCAAGAGUAUGAACUUCGACAACCCCGUGUACCGCAAGACCACAGAGGACGACGACGACGAGAUCCACAUCGGACGGCACAGCGACUCCAUCGGCCAUGUUUACCCCCCAGUGAGUGGCAGUCACAGCCAACCGUUCAUAGCGCUCCCACUGGGGGGCGGAGUCACAGAUAGCAACUCUCACUGGUACUCGGGGGCGCCAAUGCUUUCCAGUGGCAAAUGAGGGCCAAAACAGGUGGAAAACUGAGGGCUUUUGAAAUUUUUGAGAAGCGGGAGGAUGCACAAGGUUCCCUAGUGGGAAUAGAGAGCAGGCUCGCACAGGCGCACUUCCAGUUCAGACACCAUUUUUAAGUCACUGAGAGAUCCAGUUAUACAUUCCCAAGCCAUCCAUGGGCUAUUAUACUUCACAUUAAGCAACAAUUCCAAUUACACAACAUUCCCAACCAUUUCCCUCAUCCCAUUUGUUUUUAAGUUGUGGUUGAUGCACCUUGUUUUCAUUGUGUUUCCUGUCAAAACUCAUCUUCUUUUCACAGAAGGAGCUGUUGCCUGCAGGGCUUUUGUUAUUAUUGUUUUUUACAGAUUAACUAGGUGUUUGUCAUAUAAAGCCAGGGAGCAAGUAAUUUAAAUAAAUAAUAACAAAAAAGAAAAAAAACAUUAUCCAAGCAGUGAGACACCAAAGGUUAAGCACUGUCUGUUUUCAUUAUGCAAAAUCUAAUUUUGUAUUUGGACAUUAUUGUGGUGGUAGUGUGUUAGCUUUACGGGUUCUUUGAAAGCAGGACAAAGGAUACCGAGGACUUUUCAACUGUCCAUGUCUUAUUUGUAAGGACUGAGAAAAAAAAUCUCAAAGCAUAUAAAGGAAGGUCAAAUCAGGGCGAAAGACAGGCCAACACUAAAUUGAUUCUACUUUCCAUGCUUGAAUCCGGUAACAAUUAAUCUCCUCAUCACUCAGCCCACAAGCUAGCCUGUUGAUUACCUGCUGAGGCCAAUGGAUUUCCUAAUAAUCCUGCUAACAAUUUAUUCAUGCAUCUCAAUAAAGUAAGCCAUCAUUAGAAGGAGUAUUUCUCUACUCAAAUUGAAAAGUAAAACCUACAUAUAGAUUUAUUGCAUAGAGUGAUGUAUGUAUUCCAUGUGUUUAUUUCUGUUAGUUUUGGCUUACAGCUAAUGGAAACCUAAAAUUCUGGGUUUUUUUUGUUGUUUUUUUUUUUAAAAUGAGACCAAUUAACAGGCAUUUUAACAUACAAAUGUUAUGACUAUGUAUAAAAAAAAAAAGGAUGGCUAACUUGACAGUUGUCCAGCAGACAUUCAUUAACCGCCUCCAUACGGAGAGUAUGGUACAAAAGAUUAUUGCUAUAGAAUCAUGUUGGCUGUACAGAGCUGUGCAUGUAGGAAAUCUAAUUAAAAAUUGACUGAAAUGAAAAACAUUUUGCUGAAAACCGUGCACAAUCAAUAGGGAUCACAGUAGCUUUGUUUUGAAGCAAGCCCCUUCAGCAGUCUGGGGGAGAUUCACAAGGCUGGAGUCACAACGCACAUAGCUAUCCUGGACAUGGGUUACAACUGUCCCAUUCCUUGUGUUUAGUCACUCCUGAAUCAGAGACAUCAUAAGCAUCUUAACAUGGGCUACGGAAAAACAGUCCAUGUUUCAGAUGAGAGUGAAUUUUGUAUUUGAUUAGGUAAUCUGGGUCCCAGGCGAUGUAAGAAGAGUACAGAGGCAGGAUCCAAAUUGAUUGGGAUCCAGUAUGAUAUUUUUUUGCAGUCAGCUGUGAUUUAGGGAGUCAUAUAAUCUGCUGGUACUGGUCCACUUCAUGCUUUCCUCUGCUGACAUGCUUAUUGGUGAUGCUUAGUUCCUUUUCCAGCAGGACUUGGCACCAUCCCAACUCCUAAGAGUACCAAAACUUGCUUUAAUGAAGAGUACUUGUUUGGCCAGCAAACUGGUUUGACCCAAAUCCCAUAGAGUCUAUGGGGGUAUUGUCAAUAGUAUGAUUAGAAACACCAGACUCAACAGUGCAAACAAGCUGAGGGGCACUACCAAAGCAACCUGGGCCUCUAUAACAACUUGACUGAGCCACAGGCUGAUCUCCUCCAUGUCGCGCUGCAUCGGUGCAGAACUUUAUGCAAACGGAGCCCUGAAUGCAUAUAUUCUAAUGUUUGGAGAAACAUUGUGUAGUAAAUCAAUAUAAUACGAGGUUAACAUUUUGAACCGAAUUAGUGAAAUGAAUUAACCGACCAAAAAUAGUAAAAUUUAUUGAGAUGCAACUGUGGAAGAAUCCUCUGAAACACAGAGGAAAAAAACACAGCACUCAUUUAAUAUGGUAGGCUAUGUUUAGGUUGUUAAGGACGGCCAAAACGAAAUGAUCGAGGGCUAAGGAAGUGGCGUGCUUUGAUCGGUUGGCAUGGUAACACUGAUUUCUUUGUGGUGCUCUGUAGCAGAAGGGGGGGGGGAAGAAUUGUGGGUAUCCCUGGCACGGUGACACACUACACACGCACAGGCACAGACAAAAAAUAGGUGCACGAUUAAAAUUCAAGGUCGACAGAAGAGAGGUGUUCAGUGAGGAGCAGGAGAGAGGCGACUAUUUUCGCUCGUCCUCCCAGCUUCUUAAUUAAUAUUUAUAUUUCCGUAGAAAUCUCAUUCAUUGUGUUUGAUUUUUAUUUUUUUAUUUUUUUACAGUUGAUCUCUUUGUCUCUGCUUAACUUCUCUUGCCUCUCGUGUCGGAGGCAAGUCAGGCAGCGAAAGAAAUCCGCCUGGUAGAAUGUGGGCCAGACAUUUGCAGCUGUGAGCAUUCCUACGACAAUUAGGGAAGAUCGGGGAGGAGGGGAGGGGGGGGGAGGGGGUGAUACUAAAGACCAGAAGAAAGAUAAAGAUUGCAGUUUUCCUUGUAGACUCUAUUGGGUCGCUCUGUUUCUCCCCUCCUUCAGCCUGCUGUGGUAACCAUCUUUUUAUCUGCUGUUUGCAGCGCGUGGCACUCAGUCUGGAGGAUGAUGGCUAUCCCUGAUAGUGGGGGGGAUGCAACCUGCUCACCCCCCCUUCAGUCCCUUGCUGUCCUUUCCCCUCAGCACAGCCUCCGCACCACUACAAUGAGGCCAGUACAACGCAGAGGAGAAUGAAAUGGAGUCCCCCUUUUGACUCCCCCCUUUUCAAAUAGCAGGGAUAGCCUAUACAUUUCUUCUGUUUCUUUCCUACUACCAUUACUAGCUGCUUCUUCUUUCAUUAGUAUCAGCCUAGUAGCCUCUGCUCCACUCCUCUCUUCCCUCUUCUGCUGCUUCCUAACAGUAGCCGUGUGUGAAAAUGCUGCUAGAUGAUACCCUUCACACUAACCUCAUUUGAAAAUUGUGCAGAAAGAUGGCUAUGGAUAAGAUGGCCACCACAGAAGUGGUCUCAUGUUUUGACUGUUUUAUUUAUUUAAAAGUUUUAAAUAUGUAAUCAGCCUCUGUCAGUGCGUAGCCCUAAAGGCGGGAUCGCUUGAUCAAGUUUGUGAGUGUAUGCAGCACUGUGCCGCAGAAGACAAGGAUGUUGUUAUUUCUCUGGUUUCUUUAGUAUUGCAACUUUACUCGCCUUUUUUUAUUAUUACUAUUUUGAAGGGAGAAGGCCAUGUAUUAUUUGUUACUGACGUAUUGUAAUGCUAAAUAUAGUCAAGGGGACAGAAAAGAGAAAAAUGGAUGGGGUUGUCUGGCUGUUUGGAGGUGAUUUUGGGGUCAAAGAGUUGCACAGGGAGUUUUUUUUUUUUUUUUUUUUUGAGAAAAUUGGCUAAUUUGUGCCUCCAGACGGUUGUGCCUCAAGGUAAAAACCAGCAGGGCAGAAAGGGCAAUGGAUUGUGGGUAAUCCCUCUCUUUGUAUCGGAAGUAUGCACAGAGUCAAUAAUGAGCUUGGCUUGUUUGAUUAACUGUGAUGAACGGUAGAGUUCACACAUUUCUUCCAUUUUUUUUUUUUUCUGUUUGCACAUGCUGGCGUUAAUAUUUUGCUUCCUGUGACUGUUUUAGUCAGGAAUCUGCAGCAUCUAUGCACAAAAGACAUCAAUAUUGUAGGAUUUUAACAGAAUGUCCUCUUCUUGCAUUUUCGGAUUUCAUGGUGAAAUAAUCGUAGAGGCAUAAUAAUUUACUGUAAAACAAACAUGUUUGCAGUUAGUAUUAUAUUGGAUUUUCUCUAUCUGACUGGAUUAAUCUGAAAGCUAGUUAAUCUUGCAACUUCACUGGCUCCGUUUGUAUGACUUCCCAGCACUGGUUUUCCCAGUGCUGCUCCUGGUGUGGCAGCCUUCCUGCCAACGCAGCUGGAUGAGAUGGUGCGGAAAAACAGCUCGCAUUUGAAAGAAAUCACAGGCUGCUGUCACCGAACGCUCGCUCGGGUUUUGUGUCAGCAGAUCAGUAGAAUAUCAGGCUUGGCUGAGCCUGGCGCACUGAUUUGAUUGCAGAGAUAGAUGCGUGAGAGCCGGCAUAAAGAGCAAAUCUUCCAUUGGCUCAAACAUGCUUCCAGCCCAUUGAGUCAGAUGGCGUUUAUUCCCACUGAAAACGCUAAUAAUUGUUCAUUUUACGUUCCAGUUGUAAAUAACUACAGGCUGUUAUUAUAGGAAUGGCGAAUUAGUUGUUUCAAGAAGCAACUCACUUAUCCUGGACAUCAUUCAAUUACUUGACUAUGUAGGCAUUAAGGGUUUGUCUUCCACAUUAAUUGUUAAGAAGUCUAAGUAAUUGUUUGUUAUAGAUAUGCAGGGCCAAAACGUGCUUUCUCUUGCAAGGUCCAACUCGAAUAACCUGCAAAAUACGAUCUUCCCGUGCUUGCGUACAGUAUUACAGGCUGAUAUCUUGAAUUUGCUGAACGGUUAAUUGAAAAGGUUAAUAUUCAGGGAUUUCAAUGUUUUUCUCCUUUUGUUCUUGUUCAUAUUUUUGAGUUUUAAAUAACUGAUGAGUCCAGAGCGGGGAGACAUGAGAGGAAAGAGCACACAGAAGGUGUUUUCUUGAAAUGGUAGUAGAUAUUAUCUUUAGCUGAAUUUCCAGCAGUAUUGUGGCGUUCUGGUAUACUGGAAUAAUUCUUGUCCAGUUAUUCACAUUCUUCUCUAUAACUCUGGUUGAAUAUUUGGCCACUCUUAUCGGCAGAACUGACGGCAUUGUCCACAAAUUCUCAGCAUCAUCAGGGCUUUGAGGGGCCCGUUCCAGAAGUUUAACGCUACCCUCCUUUAUCCGUUUCAAAUCCACUUAUGAUGUGUGUGUUGGAUGUUUGCCUGGAUAGAAGACCAAGCUGUGUCCAGGUUUUUAAUCAUCUGACCCACAAAUGAAGUGAAAUUGGAUCGUUUAAGAUGUUCAAGAACAGCACAGGAACCGGUGAGACUAAAACAAAGUGAAGCCUGUUUAUUAUCAUCAUGGACUAAGUGGGUGCAGAACAAGAACUUAACCCCUUCUCAAACAUUAAUACCUUCAGCCUCUAUUAAGAUGUUCAGAUAUCAACAUGGCCAAACAUUUUUCAAAGGCCAAAUCCGUUUUAGGAAUAGGUUUUAUGGUCUGAUAUAAUAAAGGUUGAGCUAAAGAUAAGAAGCAUGCGUGGAUCAGGCAAGGUGAAGCUUUCAGACCUAAUAGUACUGUACCAACUGUCAAGCAUGGUGGUGGUAGCGUUAGGCUGUCACUGGUACUGGUGCAGAGUAGGUGGAUGAAUGAUGGUGAAAGCCUAUUCUCAAAUUAUUGCUAAAUGGUUGAAACUAUGCAAAAAAAAAA